GCCCUCGAUGCCAGCACAGGACAACAGGUGGCCAUCAAGAAAAUGGCGCUUCAAGAGGAGAUGUCCGAGGAGCUGGCUGUCAAUGAAAUCGUGGUCAUGAGGGACAGUAGGAACCCCAAUAUUGUUACCUACUUAGACAGCUACCUGGUCGACGGGGAGCUCUGGCUGGCGAUGGAGUUCAUGGACGGCGGCACGUUGUAUGAUGUACUCGGGGCAGUGUACCUCGAGGAAGGACAGAUAGGCGCUGUCUGUCGGGAGUGCCUGCAAGGACUGCAUUUCCUUCAUUCCCGCCGAGUCAUCCACAGAGACGUCAAAAGCUGCAACAUUCUUGUGAGCAUGGACGGAUCUGUGAAAUUGGCUGACUUUGGCCUCUGUGCUCAGCUCACCCCUGAGCGCGACAAGUGCAGCUCCAGCGUCGGCACUCCCAGCUGGAUGGCGCCGGAAGUCGUGAGAGGAGAAGCCUACGGCCCCAAAGUGGACAUCUGGUCACUGGGGAUCGUGGGGCUGGAAAUGGUGGAAGGGGAAGCUCCUUACCAGAGGGAACCCCGUCUCAGGCUAAGGUAG